CUGUCACACUUUCCCUAUUUGAAAUACAAGACGGGACUACAUGAUCUCGCUUCAUCACAAAAUGACAUGGUAACUGUAUAUACUUGUUCAAUAUAAGUACUGUCAUCGUACUGCACCCACCAUGGCCAGUAACGUAGCAUUGCCUCAGUGUAGAGUGUGCCAGACACCUUACAGGUUUGGGGGGCCAGAGCCCUACCUACUGCCAUGCCUCCACUCCGUGUGUAAAGCGUGUCUGGAUUCAGACAUCGAAGGCACGAUGUCGUGCUCGAUCUGCCGAGAAACUUUCUUUAAGACCGUUCGGGCUAAGGACGCAGUGACGGCCAGAGCGGUGUUUCUGGCCACAGCUGUCCAUUCCGCCUCGGAGUUGUUCUGUACCAACAGGGGUGACGGUAACCAAGCCUUUUCUUGGUGUCAGGAAUGUGAAGCAUUUCUUUGUCACGACUGCGAGACAUCUCAUUCUGAAAACAAAUCAAGCAAGACCCACCCAACAGUCUCCGUUGAAGAGCUGGUGAAAAUCGGCAAAGAUUACCGAAGAAAACAGCAAUGUAAAGAACACAAGACCUACCCAUUAGCUAUGUUUGACCACGACUGUGACGAGCUGCUGUGUCUUGCAUGCAGAGUUCAAGGUCAUGAAGGAUGCGAUGUGGGGUCUAUAGAAGGGGUAUACCGUUUCCUAAAAGGGCAAACUUUACCUGAGUACAUUUCAAAACUGACUGAAAAGAUGGCCGCGAACAACGCCGCUGAAGUUGCCCUGACGGAAUUUGAUGCCGAACUGGAUCGGAGCCGUGCCCGGAUAAAAGGAUCCAUCAGACACACCUUCCAGGAGCUCCACGAGGGGCUCCAGCAGCGAGAGAAGGAAAUCACUCAGCGUCUGGACCAAUACCUGGACAUACUGAAGAGGGAAAACUCUGAAAGUCUCGCUGAAGUGCGGUUGAUGACCGAGAGAUGUGACACAGUCCUGGACUUCAACCAGAAGUGUCUGAACCUAGCCACUCCUUCGGAUUUAUUCAGUAUGAAGAGGACCAUAGAAGCUAGGACGACUUCCUGUACUCGAGUCAAGUUGCCGCUUGUGAGAACCUCGGAUUCUUUGCCCAUGUUUACAAAGAAUGGUUUAGAUGAUGUCAAGGCAAUGGUUGCUGCAUAUACUUGCCUGUCUGGGGACUACUUACCAACGGACGGAUUAGAAGAAAACUUCCCUGAUAAUGAAACAGCCCAGCGCUACAAGAGGGAAAAACAGCUUCUCCACUGGAGGACCGAACUGGAGAAGGUGGAGGGUGACAUGUCGGUGCUGCAGAUGGCGUAUGACAGACAUUUGAGACACGCCACAGAGUUGCGAAGAAAUCUGGAGGUGACGCCCGUCCGCCAGUUCAUAUCCAGCAUACUCAAUCCUUUCAGAACACGCAGAUCACAAAGCAUUGCUUCAUAACAGUAAAUAUGGACACGAAGGCCGCAUGGUGAAUUGAAAGGGUACAAGCAUUUCGUGAAUGCCAAAGGUUAAUAGGAUUACUUGAUAAGAGCAAAGACGGACAGGCGGAUGAUGUCCUCAAAGACAGCCGACCGGGCCACCGGAUCCGGUUUGUCUCCUUUUACGACAAGCACAUUUUGCUUAAGACCAAUUCUAACCUGGAUCUUCACAGGGGACAACUGCUUGUGAGCCGGCAGGGUGUUGGUAACCAGGGUCACCGUUUCUGGUGUCCCCUACCAGUUACCUAAACAGUGUACAGCAUGAACGCUUUUUGGGUUUUAGUGUAUGUGCAGCCUCCAUGAACAACAGAAGAAUAGGUCCUUUCAAGAACACAGCAUUGCAAUAGUGAGUUGUUGGUAGUGUCCCAAAUACCAUUGAAGUUCUUACAAUCUGAACCAUGAACAUAACUUGGCGUUGAGCAUAUGGAAUCUUACCCACAUUACCCUGAAAUGUGUGAAUCACAGUUUUCGUCAUUUACAAUGUUGCAUAUUAUAUAUUGGAAAAAUGAAGAUACAAAACUGUAUGGAUUGAUUACAAUGGAACCGCGUUUAUCAGGACACAGUUUUCGAUCAGUCGACUCUUUGGCACGUUGUAACCGUUAUGUAGCAUGUAUUGACAUUCUAAAGCAGGUCGUACGGUUUGGCUUGGUUGGUUGUUUAACGCCGCACUCAGCAAUAUUCCAGCCAUAUGACGGCGGUCUGUAAAUAAUUUACAAUCCAGUGAUUGAUGUCACGACCAUCGAUCCAUGCGAUUGGGAUCGAUGACAUGCAUCAACCAAGUCAGCGAGCCUGACCACCCGAUCCCGUUAGUCGCCUCUUAAGACAAGAAUAGUCGUCUUUUACGACAAGCAAGGGUUGCUGAAGACCUAUUCUACCCCUUAUCUUCACGAGUAAGGUCGUACGAAAGCCGAUGUCUCCGGAUAAAGGGUCCGAUAUAACGAGGUCCCCAUGUACAUCAUUAAUGGGAUACACAUCUUGUUGGGUUCUGGCAUGACGUCUUCUGUACCUCAGUGAUGGUAAAUAUAGAAACUAUUUGGUCCAUCGUGUCAAACAUGUUUAUCUCACCCAGUGCCAAUGUUGACAGCUUUACUAGUGACACAGCCACAAGUUUAAAUGUCAACUUAUCAGGUCACAUGAUGAGAUAAAUACGUCAUUUGAUAAGAAAAAACGUCGUUCUAUUUAUCUUGUACUGAUACUGGCCUUAUUUCACUCGAGUGAAGGGGCGGUCGGGUCGCCUAGUGGUUAAAGCGUUCGCUCGUCACGCCGAAGACCCGGGUUCGAUUCUCGACAUGGGUACAAUGUGUGAAGCCCAUUUCUGCUGUCCCCCGCCGUGAUAUUGCUGGAAUAUUGCUAAAAGCGGCGUAAGACCCCACUCACUCACUCACUCGAGUGAAAAUAUUGGUUUCAUCAUUUAUUUGGUUUUGCAU